CAUGACGGUGGCUGGUGGUGUUGCCGGUGUUGGUGCUAGCGGCGACAGCCAGGCGCCCGCCUCGUCCCGACUCAUGGGCUCGCUGCGCCGCUUCUCCACCUCCUCGCGCCACUCCGGAGCGGGGCUGAGAGGCGGCGCCGGCGCCAUGUCCCACCACAGCGACGACAACAUGCUGAUCGCGGGCAGCGACUCCUUCUGGGAGCCCGGCAACUACAAGCGCACCACGCGCCGCAUCGAGGACGGCUACCGGCUGUGCACGGACCUGGUCGCGCUCGUGCAGGAGCGCGCCGACAUCGAGAAGGCCUACGCCAAGAGCCUGCGCGGCUGGGCCAAGAAGUGGAACGAGCUCAUCGAAAAGGGCCCAGAGUACGGAACAACAGAGGCUGCGUGGAAGGGUGUCUUGGUUGAAGCAGAGAGACUGUGCGAUUUGCAUUUAAAGGUUAAGGACAAUCUAUGUAAUGAUGUUAUGAAUCAAGUGAAAACGUGGCAGAAAGAUACCUACCACAAAUCAAUGAUGCAGAUAAAAGAAAAGAAGGAAAUGGAGGAUGCAUUUAAGAAAGCUCAGAAACCAUGGGCAAAACUGUUAGCUAAAGUAAACAGAGCCAAAAGCGACUACCAUGUGGCAUGCAAAACAGAGCGUUCUGCUUGUAACCAAGAAAGAAAUGCUAAUGCUGACAGCUCUUUGUCUCCUGAUCAGGUUAAAAAGAUGCAGGACCGUGUGCAGAAGUCAAAAGAAGAUGUACAAAAAGCAAAAGAGAAAUACGAAGCAGCCCUUGAUGAGAUAAAUUCUUACAAUCCCAAAUACAUGGAGGACAUGACUGUAGUCUUUGACAAAUGUCAAGAAAUGGAGGCUCAGCGAUUGCAGUUCUUUAAACAGACGAUGUUUUGUAUUCAUAAGUGUCUGAAUGUUUCUCAGGAUCCAGUUUUGCCUCAAAUAUAUGAAGAGUUUUACCACACAGUUAACAAUGCAGAUCAUGAAAAGGACUUGAAGUGGUGGUCAAAUACACAUGGUGUGAAUAUGGCUAUGAACUGGCCAUAUUUCGAGGAGUACACGGAGGAGUUCAGGGACAUUGCAAAAGGCAAAUCAAAGGCGGAGAUCCCGAUGGGAAUCACACUCAUCAACCAGAGGCCUGUUGGAGAAGACUUGCAUGAUUUCCCACCAACUAAUAACAAAGCUGCAAAGAAAGCAACAGGACGUGUGAUUUCAACAGACGUUACAGCUGACAGUAAA